AUGUCUGCCAAAGCCGAAAAGAAACCUGCCUCCAAAGCCCCAGCCGCUGCCAAGAAGACCCCAACUGCCGGUGGUGAAGGUAAGAAGAGAACCAAGGCCAGAAAGGAAACAUACUCAUCAUACAUCUACAAGGUUUUGAAACAAACCCAUCCAGACACAGGUAUUUCCCAAAAGGCCAUGUCUAUUUUGAAUUCUUUUGUUAACGAUAUUUUCGAAAGAAUUGCUACUGAAGCCUCCAAAUUGGCUGCAUACAACAAGAAGUCCACCAUCUCCGCCAGAGAAAUCCAAACUGCUGUCAGAUUGAUCUUGCCAGGUGAAUUGGCCAAGCAUGCUGUUUCUGAAGGUACCAGAGCUGUUACCAAAUACUCUUCAUCUACUCAAGCUUAA